UAGGGAGUCGAGAAGGAAAAUUAUGAAAUAGCGGUAUUAUGAGUUUUUGUAUGUCCGACUGGUGACCAAGUGAGUCGAUGUUGGUGAGGGUGUGGGCCAUGUCUGAGCUGUGAGUGGAGUAGGAGAGGAAGAGGAGGUGAGGACUGAAUAGCGGAGUGCGACGCCCCCUGUAGGGCAGUGAUGGGGAAUACAGCCACUAAGUUCCGGAAGGCUUUAGUCAGCGGGGACGAGGCAUUGGCAUGGCAACUGUACGAGGGCAACAGCCAGUUCAGGGAGGGGCUGGACCCCAACGCGUCCUACGGAGAAACCUACCAACACAACACACCCCUCCACUACACCUGCAGGCACGCCAUGACACGCCUGCUCAGGUCGUUCCUUUUCAGUAAAGAAGGGAACCCUAACAAGCGUAACGUGCAGAAUGAGACGUGUCUGCAUGCGUUGUGUCAGGGAGCGCACAUCCUGCUGCUGCCAGAGGGGGCACUGUCUCACAGACUGGCCAGACCACAGAGAGACGAACAACGCAGGGCAGACUGCUUACAGAUGAUCCUGAGCUGGACCGGGGCUAGGCUGGACAGAGGACAGUAUGAGAGGGUUAACAUUAACGCUACAGACAACAGGAACAGCACCUGUCUACACUACGCUGCUGCUGCUGGCAUGAAGAGCUGUGUAGAGCUCCUGGUCCAGGCCGGGUCAGACCUGUUUGUGGAGGACGAGGAGAAGUUAACCCCGUGUGACCACGCAGAGAGACAGCAGCAAACACAUCUGGCCCUGCGCCUCGAAGCCAUGAUGGUGUUCUCACAACACACACACACCGAGACACAGACACCCAGCAGCACGCUGCACCGCAAAGAGCCCUAUGAGGGUUUGAAGCUGCAGGACUUGAGGAGACUGAAGGACAUGUUGAUAGUGGAGACAGCUGACAUGCUACAGGCUCCUCUCUUCACCGCCGAGGCCCUGCUCAGAGCACAUGACUGGGACAGGGAGAAGCUGUUGGAAGCCUGGAUGAGUGAUUCUGAAGGGUGCUGCCAGCGGUCUGGGGUCUUGCUGCCCACCCCCCCGCCCAGCGGAUGCAACGCCUGGGACACCCUGCCUUCCCCCCGCACCCCUCGCUCCCCCCUCACCCUCACCCUCACCCUCACCUCUCCUACUGACAGCUGCCUCACCCCAGGGGAGGAGGGAGGGGCAACGUGUGGGAUCUGCCUGUGUUCCAUCUCAGUGUUUGAAGACCCAAUAGACAUGUCCUGUGGCCAUGAGUUCUGCCGAGCCUGCUGGGAAGGGUUUCUGAAUGUGAAGAUCCAGGAGGGUGAGGCUCAUAACAUCUUCUGUCCUGCCUGUGACUGUUACCAGCUGGUGCCUGUUCAGGUUAUAGAGAGUGUUGUCUCCAGAGAGAUGGACAAACGAUACCUGCAGUUCGACAUUAAGGCGUUCGUGGAGAACAACCCGUCUAUCCGGUGGUGUCCGGCGGUGCGGUGUGAGAGAGCGGUCAGACUGACCAGACCUGGUCCAGGGGUUAACCACCUGGGGUUCCCCCUGCUGCCCUGCCCUGCUGUCGACUGUGGCAAAGGACACCUCUUCUGCUGGGAGUGUCUAGGUGAGGCCCAUGAGCCAUGUGACUGUCAGACAUGGAGGAUGUGGCUGCAGAAAGUCUCGGAGAUGAAGCCAGAAGAGUUGGCAGGUGUAUCGGAGUCGUAUGAGGAUGCAGCUAACUGUCUGUGGUUGUUGACCAACUCUAAACCCUGUGCCAACUGCAAGUCUCCCAUACAGAAGAAUGAGGGCUGCAACCACAUGCAGUGUGCCAAGUGUAAAUAUGACUUCUGCUGGAUCUGUCUGGAAGAGUGGAAGAAACACAGCUCUUCAACCGGAGGAUACUACCGCUGUACACGCUAUGAAGUUAUCACACAGCUAGAGGAGCAGUCCAAAGAGAUGACUGGAGAGGCAGAAAAGAAGCACAAGAGUUUUCAGGGGUUGGACCGCUUCAUGCACUACUACACCCGCUAUAAGAACCAUGAACACAGCUAUAAGUUAGAACAGAGACUAUUGAAAACAGCCAAAGAGAAGAUGGAACAGCUGAGUAGAGCCUUCAUUGGAUAUGAGGGCUCCCCCCCAGACACCAGAUUUAUAGAGGACGGUGUGUGUGAGUUGUUGAAGACGCGUCGUGUGUUGAAGUGUUCCUACCCCUACGGAUUCUUCCUCCAGCCUCACAGCACACAGAAGGAGAUAUUUGAACUCAUGCAGACUGAUCUGGAGAUGGCGGUGGAGGACUUGGCUCAGAAGGUGAACCGUCCCUACCUGCGUACGCCGUGUCAUAAGAUAGUCAGCGCUGCCUGUCUGGUACAGCAGAAGAGAGAGGAGUUCCUGGCCUCGGUGGCUAGAGGGGUGGCCCCUAACGACUCACCUGAAGUACCUAGGAGGAGUUUCCCUGCUGGAUCAUGGGACUGGGAGUACCUGGGAUUCACCUCUCCUGAGGAGUAUGCAGAUUUCCAGUACCGCCGGAGACACCGGCCGCGUCGUAGAGGAGACAUGCCGAGUUUACACAGUCUGAGGAGCAACAGCAGCACUCCUGAACCCAACCAGAACACUGAGAAUACAGAGGUCCUCCAGGAGAGAGUUGAGGGGCGGAGACAACCUCUGAGGUCACUGGAUGAAGAUGACCCCAACAUUCUACUGGCCAUCCAACUGUCACUACAGGACUCACGGAGGGAGAGAGAAAUGGAGGGAGGGAUGGAGAGAGGGAUGGGAGGAGGACUGGAGAGAGGCUCUUGUGUGACUGAGGGCCCAGGGCUUGGGUCUGGACAGGGUCUGGAUAUAGGGCCAGUAAUGGGUCCAGGGGUGGGGGGCCUCAGUGAGACUCAGGACCCUUCCAGGGUGGGUGGUUCUCUGGGGGCCAGUGGCUCCUCUAACCUCCCUAGACCAGACCCUAACCUGUCGCUAAAUGCUGAGCUGUUAGAGCUAGGAGAAAGUCUGAUGAGACUGGGACAAAUAACUACUCCAUAUACCCUAGACAACACUAAUAUCCCUACUCCAUAUAGCUUAGACCACACCUACGACCAAUACAACCCUUCCCCCAGAUACAGUCAGAGUCAGGACCAUGGCUACACACCUUAUACAACUGACCACAACUAUGCUGUACUGGAACCUGACCACACCACACCUUAUACACACGGCUACGGUCACACCUGUGACCUUAACCAGGACCACACUACUAUCAACAUUCCCUUCACUCCAGAACACAACCAUAAUUGUGGUCAAAACUGUGGCCAUCCUACUAUCAAUGCCUCCUACAGUUCUGUUCACUGCCAACCCAGCCCCUACAGUAAAACAUCUCCUCCUCACCCAGACCUUACAGCAUCUUCUAGCCCUAAACACACAAGCCUUUACCCCUCAGACCCAGAGCCAUAUGCUAUGUUUAGCCUUCCCCAUAACCCUGAACCAGACCAAACCAUCUCUUGCACCCAGAACACACAUCCUGAUCACAACCACCAACAUUGCUGCCACUCCAGCCACUACACCCCUAACCCAGACCCUUACACCCCUAACCCAGACCCUUACACCCCUAACCCAGACCAUUACACCCCUAAC